AUGAUUGUGAUAGAAAGUGGUGGUGGUGAUUUUUGGACUUGGAGCAUAAGUCAUUGCAAAAAUCACCGCCGCCGCCAUUGCCUUCCACCAUCAACGUCGCCACCUUCCACCAUAAUCACCACCAUCUUUUACUAUCACCAUCUCCAUUACCUUUCACCACCAUCACUACCAUCGCUAUCAUUGUUGCUACUUUCAACCACCACACCGUCAUCGCCUCUACUGCCUUCUACUACUAUCAUCACCACCAUAACCAACUUCCACCAUUGUCACCACCUUCCACCAUCGCAACCUCCAUUGCCUUCCACCAACAUCAUUGCCACCACCACUAUCACCAUUUACGCCACCAUUUCAACCGCCAUCAUCGCCACCUUCCACCAACCACCACCAUUUACACCACUAUCACCAAGCCUUCCACCGCAUUCCACCACCACCGCCAUCACUUCCACUAUCUUCCACCAUCACCGCCUACACCACUAUCACAUUCCACCACUACCACCGUCACUACCUUCCACCAUCAUUGUUUACCCCAUUAACAUUGUCACCGCCGCCUUCUAA